GUUUAUUUGCAUGUCUUUACAUUUCUAAUACCUUGGCUAAGGAUUGAGCAGCCAAAAAACUAUGGAAUUAUUACAAAAGCAUUGUUCAUCUAAGUAAAAUUGUGAAAUUUAACUCAAGUGAUCAUAAUAAAAUUGCUGAAUUCGGUGCAGUUUUUGAUGAAUUAUUGGAGUAACAAAAAUACAGAGAUUUGAUUGUAUCAACCCUUGAGAUUAUCAAUUUAUCACCAGAUAAAACUUGUAAUUAGCAGAUCAUAUUUUAGUAUUACAACCAAUCUAUUCUGCCAUUUAAUAUUGGAUGACUAAGCUAGAGUCUAAGGAAUAAUAAGUUACUAUUGAUCUCUUUUUAAAGCACAUUGAGUAGAUAAACGAAGAAGCCAUUUUUAAAACAAAAAUGUAUUUCUGCAUCCCUAUUUACAAGUGUGGCACAGCUAUUCAAUACAUUGAGUUCAGCUCCAUUGUCGUAGAACCUAUUUUUGAAAUUACUUGAAUGCGCGAAACGAUGGAAUACACAGCAAUUAAUUAUAUCUCCCAUAAUUUAAAAUAUCAAGGAAUUCUUGAAUUUAUGGACUCUUAGUGAUGCUGAAGUCUUGAAGAUAUUAAAUGCUAUUUCCGAUUUGAUCGAUCCCCAAGAGUAAUACAUCAUACUUACUUGUAGUUAACAAUACGUGAUACAAAUUUCUGAAUACAUUUUGAGAAACGUCAAUACUUCUCAAGAAUAAUACAUCAAGACCUUUAUAAACUUUCAAAAUAUUAAUGUACAAUUAAAAUUGAUAUCUUAAGUAAUCCUUCUUAAAAUUGUGUGAAAUCACCUAGUGUCAAAAUUAUUAAGUAAUUGAAAAGACCUAGGCUGCUUAACUCAUCAAAUUGGUGUUGUCUGGAGACUUAUCAGGAGUCUAAAAAUAUCUAGAGAAGGAAGCAAAUUAUUUUAAAUCAAUAAGUAUGAAUGUAUAUACCAUAUCAGAUCUAAACAUUAACUAAUAUUUGACCUAGACAAGAAUAGCAAAAUUUAUUCAAUUAUCAGGCUAAAAAUAAAGUUAUUCAUAUUAAGAAAUAGCUGAGGCUUUAAAUGUAUUGAAUUUCGUUAUAUUGUAGAUCAAAUUAGAAGAAGUAGAGAUUUGGGUUAUUCAUGCAAUCCAAUCUUAAAAUGUUUCAGCUUAAAUCGAUUAAUCUUAAUAAAGAAUUUUCAUUUUGUAAUUAAAUAUAAUAACAUAUUAGAGAUAAUUUCAAGAAAUUAUUAACCAAAGAGGAUUGGUAAAACUUGCACAAAAAAUUAUCAGCUUUGUUAACCAAGCUAAAAAUCGUUCAAACCUAAUGAGGAUGGU